UUUUGUGUAAAGGAGAUUUUAAACGAAAAUAAUGAUGGAGCGGUUUCUCUGUAAUAAACAGCAAACUCUUGGCGAUAUAUUCGGUGGUUCCUGUAUACCAGUCAGUGUUUUUCGGAUUCAGAACCGGUCAGUGCCCCUGUGACAGUUCGGUGACCCACCUCGCCGUUAACGAACCGGGAGAUAUUUCGGUGUCGCGUUGCUGAACUUCUCCAACGCAAACUCACUAUCAAAACAAAUCCGACACACGUGCUUUUCCCGCAGAAAAGACGUCACCGCCACAGCCCUCCCCUUCCAUGUCCACCGUAGAAAACACAUACUAGAAUAACAGAAGAAACUGAUCAAAUGUUUUUGGAUCACGUUUUUCAAACAUGUUAACGUUUCAACCCGCUCGAGCAGGAGGGGGGUUAUUGAGACCAGCUGAUUCGCGCUGCGAGCUGUCUGAGAGGCGGAAGUGAAGUCACCAGGAGCGCGUCCAUGUUAUUAUUGUUAUUUUGGUAGCUGGCAGUGUGAUGAGACGGACUGGAGAGCCGUCGGGCUCAAAGACUAGGUUAUUGCUCUUCCAGGCCGCCCCGGACUAAGCAGCAAUCCCGGAGAAAGAAGCCCUGUUGCCGGCAAGGGAGAGCACCCAGUCCAAGCUCCUCUCCCACCAGCAGCCCUUCGAACGACACAGGCUACAAAAACAAUACGGUAUCCGACAAACCUAACGCUAGCCCCAGACGUGUUGUGUACGGUAACACCCUCCGCAGUACGGUAACACCCUCCGCAGAUAUGAACGGAAUCACCAAGGGCAGGUUUGAGGUGUUUUCCAACAGCGAUGAAGCUCCCAUUAACAAGAAGCUUCCCAAGGAGCUGCUGCUCAGAAUCUUCUCCAACCUGGAUGUGAUCACAUUGUGCAGGUGUGCCCAGGUGUCCAAGGCGUGGAAUGUCCUGGCCUUGGAUGGUAGUAACUGGCAGAAGAUUGACCUGUUCAACUUCCAGACAGACAUAGAGGGUAGAGUAGUGGAGAACAUCUCUAAGCGAUGUGGAGGCUUCCUGAGGCAGCUGAGUUUGAGGGGAUGUAUCAGUGUGGGAGACGCAUCCAUGAAGACGUUUUCCCUGAACUGCCGUAGCAUUGAGGUGUUGAACCUGAACGGCUGCACUAAGAUCACAGACAGCACCUGUCUCAGCCUCUCCAAGUUCUGCUGCAAACUCAAACAGCUGGACCUCACUUCCUGUGUGUCUGUUACCAACCACUCCCUCAAAGCUCUCAGUGAUGGCUGUAGUAUGUUGGAGACAUUAAACCUGUCGUGGUGUGACCAAAUCACCAGAGAUGGCAUCGAGGCUCUGACCAGGGGCUGUAACAACCUACAAGCCCUGUUCCUACGUGGCUGCACACAGUUGGAGGAUGGAGCACUGAAACCCCUUCAGAAACACUGUCCUGAACUAACCACUAUCAACAUGCAGACCUGCUCAAUAACUGAUGAUGGCUUGGUCAGCCUGUGUCGGGGGUGCCACAAACUGCAGAUGCUGUGUAUCUCUGGCUGCAGUAACAUUACAGACGCCUCUCUCACCGCUCUGGGCCUCAACUGCCCCCGACUCAAGAUCUUGGAAGCAGCACGGUGUUCACAUGUUACAGACGCUGGGUUUACUGUACUGGCCAGGCAUUGUCAUGAGAUGGAAAAAAUGGAUUUAGAAGAAUGUGUUUUGGUGACUGACAACACUCUAGUCCAGCUCGCUAUUCACUGCCCUCGCCUGCAAGCACUGUCCCUCUCCCACUGUGAGCUGAUAACUGACGAUGGUAUCAGGGCGCUGAGCAGCAGUGUGUGUGGACAGGAGCGCCUCACGGUGGUGGAGUUGGAUAACUGCCCUCUGAUCACAGACGGGACUCUGGAGCACCUGAAAAACUGCCACCGUCUGGAGAGGAUAGAACUCUACGACUGCCAGCAGGUCACCAGGGCCGGCAUCAAACGCAUACGGGCCCAUCUCCCAGAGAUAAAGGUCCACGCCUACUUUGCCCCGGUGACGCCCCCUCCCUCGGUGCACGGCGGGGGCCAUAGGCUGUGUCGCUGCUGCGUCAUCCUCUGACAGUGGAGGACCCGGGGGGGGGCAGCUCUGUCUACAGGGCCUACUGCUGUGACCCCCACCCCCAACAACAAUAACCCACCGCCAUGGGAUGAGACCGACCCUGAACCCCGACACAACACCCUGAACCCCGCCACGACGACACCCUGAACCCUGCCACGACGACACAACACCCUGAACCCCGCCACGACGACACAACACCCUGAACCCCCUGAACCCCGCCACAACACCCUGAACCCCGCCACGACGACAUAACACCCUGAACCCCGCCACAACACCCUGAACCCCGCCACGACGACAUAACACCCUGAACCCCGCCACAACACCCUGAACCCCGCCACGACGACACAACACCCUGAACCCCGCCACGACGACACAACACCCUUGAACCCCCUGAACCCCGCCACGACGACACAACACCCUGAACCCCGCCAUGACGACGCAACACCCUGAACCCCGCCACGACGACGCAACACCCUGAACCCCGCCACGACGACGCAACACCCUGAACCCCGCCACGACGACGCAACACCCUGAACCCCGCCACGACGACACAACACCCUGAACCCCGACACAACACCCUGAACCCCGCCACAACACCCUGAACCCCGACACAACACCCUGAACCCCGCCACGACGACACAACACCCUGAACCUAUAACCAACCGCAAGGUCGUGUUCACUAGGCACUAAGAUUUUUGAAAAUGGUUCUUCCCAAACUUUUUCCAAUGAUUAAACAACAUUUUUACUUUUAAUGUUAAAUGUUUUUCUACGGUCUGACACCUCCCACCACUACUGAUCUCUCAAUACCCUGGACAUGGACCCCCAUCGCUACUGAUCUCUGAUCAAUACCCUGGACAUGGACCCCCACCACUACUGAUCUCUGAUCAAUACCCUGGACAUGGACCCCCACCACUACUGAUCUCUGAUCAAUACCCUGGACAUGGACCCCCAUCGCUACUGAUCUCUGAUCAAUACCCUGGACAUGGACCCCCAUCGCUACUGAUCUCUGAUCAAUACCCUGGACAUGGACCCCCAUCGCUACUGAUCUCUGAUCAAUACCCUGGACAUGGACCCCCAUCGCUACUGAUCUCUGAUCAAUACCCUGGACAUGGACCCCCAUCGCUACUGAUCUCUGAUCAAUACCCUGGACAUUGACCCCCACCGCUACUGAUCUCUGAUCAAUACCCUGGACAUGGACCCCCACCACUACUGAUCUCUGAUCAAUACCCUGGACAUGGACCCCCAUCGCUACUGAUCUCUGAUCAAUACCCUGGACAUGGACCCCCAUCGCUACUGAUCUCUGAUCAAUACCCUGGACAUGGACCCCCACCACUACUGAUCUCUGAUCAAUACCCUGGACAUGGACCCCCACCACUACUGAUCUCUGAUCAAAACCCUGGACAUGGACCCCCAUCGCUACUGAUCUCUGAUCAAUACCCUGGACAUGGACCCCCAUCGCUACUGAUCUCUGAUCCAAACAGACUGAUUGAUCACUACUGGUCUCUGAUCCAAACAGACUGAUUGAUCACUACUGGUCUCUGAUCCAUACAGACUGAUUGAUCACUACUGGUCUCUGAUCCAAACAGACUGAUUGAUCACUACUGGUCUCUGAUCCAUACAGACUGAUUGAUCACUACUGAUCUCUGAUCCAUACAGACUGAUUGAUCACUACUGAUCACUACUGAUCUCUGAUCCAUACAGACUGAUUGAUCACUACUGAUCUCUGAUCCAUACAGACUGAUUGAUCACUACUGGUCUCUGAUCCAUACAGACUGAUUGAUCACUACUGGUCUCUGAUCCAUACAGACUGAUUGAUCACUACUGGUCUCUGAUCCAUACAGACUGAUUGAUCACUACUGGUCUCUGAUCCAUACAGACUGAUUGAUCACUACUGGUCUCUGAUCCAUACAGACUGAUUGAUCACUACUGAUCUCUGAUCCAUACAGACUGAUUGAUCACUACUGAUCUCUGAUCCAUACAGACUGAUUGAUCACUACUGAUAAAUUAUCAAUUGGACUCUUUGAGGUUCCUAUUCAGGGGAGGAGGGGUGGGGUCUUCUCUCUCUGACAGAACUCUGAGUCGACCAUCACUCACCUUCCAGAGCCCAGACCCCUCCUCUCCAAAACUACUCUCACCUUCCAGACCCCUCCUCUCCAAAACUACCCUCACCUUCCAGACCCCUCCUCUCCAAAACUACUCUCACCUUCCAGACCCCUCCUCCAAAACUACUCUCACCUUCCAGACCCCUCCUCUCCAAAACUACUCUCACCUUCCAGACCCCUCCUCUCCAAAACUACUCUCACCUUCCAGUCCCCCUCCUCUCCAAAACUACUCUCACCUUCCAGACCCCCUCCUCUCCAAAACUACUCUCACCUUCCCAGACCCCUACUCUCCAAAACUACCCUCACCUUCCCAGACCCCUCCUCUCCAAAACUACCCUCACCUUCCCAGACCCCUCCUCUCCAAAACUACCCUCACCUUCCCAGACCCCUCCUCUCCAAAACUACCCUCACCUUCCAGACCCCUCCUCUCCAAUACCACCCUGAAUUUCCAGACCCCUCCUCUCCAGUACUACCCUGCCUUUCCAGACCCCUCCUCUCCAGUACUACCCUGCCUUUCCAGACCCCUCCUCUCCAGUACUACCCUGCCUUUCCAGACCCCUCCUCUCCAGUACUACCCUGCCUUUCCAGACCCCUCCUCUCCAGUACUACCCUGCCUUUCCAGACCCCUCCUCUCCAGUACUACCCUGCCUUUCCAGACCCCUCCUCUCCAGUACUACCCUGCCUUUCCAGACCCCUCCUCUCCAGUACUACCCUGCCUUUCCAGACCCCUCCUCUCUAAUACCACCCUGCCUUUCCAGACCCCUCCUCUCCAGUACUACCCUGCCUUUCCAGACCCCUCCUCUCCAAUACUUGGACUCGUGGAUGAGGGGGAUGAUCCUAAAUAGGCAGAGGACUAAACCCACAAAAUGUUGGACAGUGUUAUUCAGGAAGGUGGAAUGGUACGGAACGUGCACAUAGAAGUACGUUGUGUAGAAGAGACGUGAUGAGGAGCGUUGGUAAUCGUGUCUGCUCCAUAUGUUACAUUUCUAUCUGCAAGGUUUCCACAGUCUUGCCCUUCUAACCACACCCCCUGGACAACACAUCACUCUGGGUGAACUUCAUCUGAACCAAUCACAUGCCACCUCUGUGUGAUCAUGCUGCGAGUCAAUCUGCUGCAACCAAUCGACGACACGCGCAGCUCUUUGGGCGUGAAAAGGGGAUUCUGGGAAGUGUAGUGAUUCUGGGUGUGAGCAGAGAGGAUGCUGGGAUAGCCCUGACUUACGGCGAUGUAGGGGACACCACUAAACCCCGCCCAUCCAGAGGCAAACAGAAAACCAGAAGUACAAAGCUGAACAUUUUGACGUUUUUGUUGUGCACCUGAGAA